UAUCUAUCUACCCGUGUAUUUUAGGGCUUGUUUAAACAACAUUUGCAACUGAUGUUUUUAAUAAAUAAACAAAAUGUUAGGCGUAUUUUGAAAGUAGUUUAUAGGUGAAAUAUACUGGAAAAUUAUUUUUUGGUCGCAAAUUCAUGACAUUUUGGUUGUAAUUUUUUAGAUAUAUAAAGCUGAAUUAAAUGAGAUUUGAUAUUCAUAUUUUCUAUAUAUUUUCAAUAAAUAGAAAGCGAAGUUCAGAACAGAUAAGUGUGGGGGCGUUGUAAUGUUUUAGCCCCAAAUGCCCAAUCCAAAACUUGACACUGAACUCAAGUCUCAUGUUCUGUUUCCUUUCUGCACCUUUCCACAACACUCUUCAUUCUCUCUGUUCUCUCACAAAAACCAAACCAACACUAAUGAUUUCACUACUACCCUGUAACACUUUUCUUCAAACAACCUCUCUCUUCAACCCUUCAAAGCUUCCAAGCACUACCCAAACUCAAGCAUGCUUCAUUCCACAAAGCAAAACACUGCACAGAAGAACACGAGUGAAAUGCAGUGCAGGAGAAAACCAGGGUGAUAAACGGGCGUUUUUGUCAAUGGAAGAAGCUGGUUUGGUCGAGAUAUCAGGCUUGAGUACACAUGAACGAUUUCUAUGCCGUUUAACGAUAUCAUCCCUGAACUUGCUGAGAGUGAUAUCGGAGCAAGAAGGGUGUCCAAUCGAGGAGCUCAAUGCAGCCAAGGUUUGUGAUUGGUUCCUCAAAGAUAAGCUCAAAAGAGAACAGAACAUAGGCUCUGCGGUUCUUCAAUGGGAUGAUUCCGAGUUCCAAUUUUAAUUAUUUAAUACUCUUUUUUCCUCUGAAUUCGCAAGUUUUAUUGGAUUAUGCAAAUCGAGAAAAGGGUGCCACUUUUUUUUGGAUAUUCGAUUCUGAUAUUCUCAUGGUAAAAGAAUUCGGAAUGUUGAUGCCGUUCAAGUAUAUCUUUUUCUGUUUUUUCUCCACUUCAUAGUUAUUGGAUUACAAUUUCAACCAGUGCUAUUAUUUGAAGGACCUUUCCUCGUUGACAUCAUUGGCUUCCAAAAUCUAAUGAUUCGUGCCAAGUUUCUUAUUUCUUUGGCACGACUUUAACGAACCUGAUGCAUUUGAAGUUAUAUUCUUUCAGUAAGAUUUUGAUUAUUCCCAGGUCCACUUCACGAUUGCGUUGAACAAAGCAAGACCAAGAUCAUAGCACUUCCCAUUGGAGUCAAAAUAGCAUUAGAAACCUAGCCUGUAUGUGCAUGUUUCUAGUUUUCUGGUGUUUUCGUAUGAUUAAUGACAAUUGACUGUAUGGACAUGUUUCUAGUUAUUUGGCGCCUUGGUUCCAUGACAAUGUUAUAUCAGAUUUAA